CUGGCUGCAGGGCUCUGCCAGUGCCUGUGGUGCCUACUUCGAGGCAGAUGCCUGUAGCUUUGCACCUCUCCCUGUAGCCCCACAGAUCCUCUCCCACUCCCCCAGCCGCUCAGAGCAGCCAGGUGCUGAGUUCACGUGUCCCCUGGCAGGCGGAGGUCCCUCCUAGUGGCACCUCUCCAGAGGACUUGAUGCUUCCCAGAGCGCGGGCAGUGUCCUGGGAGCUGAGCUGCACUGGGUGAGGAGCACAGCCCUCGUGCCCGCUUCCCGGAGCCACGUCUCUGCUCCCCCCCCAGCCCCCUCCUUAUGCCUGACUGAGAUGUUGAAUGUCAGUGGGAGACCCCUUCUACCCUUCUUGCUGGACCAAUGCUGCUGCUGCUGAGAGCCCACGCAUCUCUGCUUGCCUAGCGGACUUGGAGACGCACCCGUGCGGAGGGAUGGGCAGUGCUGGCCACGGGCUGACCGCUGUGCCUCACAGCCGCAUCGCCCUUCAGGACACCCUGCUGCUGACUGGCCUGGAGAAGCCGCCUGUCAUACGGGACCCUGACACCUGCAGCUGGAGCUCCCUCGACAGCCCCAGCCCUCCAGCCACUCCCGAGCAGACCCUUCCUGCCUUCUACGUCCAUUACUUUGACAUGCUCUACUCCGAGGAGGCUGGCUGGGUGCCCAAGGGCCUGGCAGAGACUCUGCAGGGCAGCAGCCAAGGGGAAAGGGGCGAGGUGCAGAAGGAGCCAGAGCAGUGCCCCAUCAUCGACAGUCAGGGCUUUGGGCUGAGCCCUGACGUGGACUACCAGGCCAGCCUUCACCUGGAGGAGCACUCGCUGGAGCAGGUGCAGAGCAUGGUGGUGGGCGAGGUGCUGAAGGACAUUGAGACGGCCUGCAAGCUUCUCAACAUUGCAGCAGACCCAGCAGACUGGAGUCCAGGAAAUGUCCAGAAGUGGAUCUUGUGGACAGAGCACCAGUACCGCCUGCCCCAGAUUGGGAAGUCUUUCCAGGAGAUGUCGGGGAAGGACCUGUGCGCCAUGUCCGAGGAGCAGUUCCGCCAGCGCUCCCCGGUGUGCGGGGAUGUCCUGCAUGCCCACCUGGACAUCUGGAAAUCAGCUGCCUGGAUGAAGGAGAAAGUGGGGCCAGGAGAAGUGCGAUACUGUGCGAGUGACGAGAGCUGGGCGGACAGUGAGGUGGACUCCUCGUGCUCAGGCCAGCCCAUCCACUUGUGGCAGUUCCUCAAAGAGCUGCUGCUGAAGCCUCACAACUACGGACGCUUCAUUCGCUGGCUCAAUAAGGAGAAAGGUAUAUUCAAGAUUGAGGACUCUGCCCAGGUGGCACGUUUGUGGGGGAUCCGGAAAAACCGGCCAGCCAUGAACUAUGACAAGCUGAGCCGCUCCAUCCGGCAGUAUUACAAGAAAGGCAUCAUUCGGAAACCGGACAUCUCCCAACGCCUGGUCUACCAAUUCGUACACCCUGUCUGAGCGCGGGGGCUGGAGGAGGGGGAACUGACUGAGCACCUGGAGGGAGGGAGGUCUCUCUCACCACUGCACCUCCCAUGCCCUUCCAAAACCACCACCAAGAAAGACAGAUGAAGCCUUGGGUUGUGCAGGAGGCUGGAAACCCAGCGAACUUCCCUGAUGAACCUCAGAGCUUCCAGCCUCCCCCAAGCCACAGAGCAUGUGUGUGUGGGGGGAAUGGACUCACAUAGAUAGGAAGACACCACAACUAGCAACAACUGCCCAUGAAAUAGAGUGUAUACAUGUAAUUCUGGGGCCUACGGAUGUGUGUAGAGAGUCCUCUGCUCCCUCUAAUGAGCUUCAGGGUUGGGGGAGAGGCAGGCUUAGGAACUGGGUAGGGGCAAGGGAUGCAGCCUGGAAGAAAUGUCGUAUCAAUAGAAGUGACCUGACCAUUGUGGAUGAGGCUAAGGUGUGUGUGGGGGGAGGAAAGGGGGUGGUUGUUAACAGCUUCUCGGACCUGGAAGUCUUUGGCUGUGUGACCUGCCACAUAGCAUAGCAGAGCUGCUGGGUGCAGAACCCAGGAUCCAUGGCCUCCAAGUCCCUUGCGCAGAGAUAGGAAAGAGGCAUUGAUGUACUGAUCCAAUAGCGGGUCUGUCCUCUCCUCUUCUGGAUAGUGGCCAGUACCGUGUGCUUUGGGGACCUCUUCAGGGAUACGAUAUCCAGCCCCAGCUAACGUUUUGUCCCAUCUCCCCUCAGUUACUGGUUGGCUUAUACCCAAAAGAGAUGGACAGCUUCACCAAGACUUAAGUCAGAUUCGGCUUCUGCUCAGGUUGAAGCUUCCCCUUCCAGGCAGGGGACUUCUACAUUAUCCUGACUUUGGAAUGGUCCCAGCACUUCUCCUAGCCUGGCUCCUUCCUGGUCAGCACCAGGUCCUUGCAGGGACGGGGAAGAGGUUCACCUCCCUGCAUCCACCGGGGAUCUUUCAUCAUGGAAUAGCUCUUAUCACUAAAGGCAGAUCUGGAAAAGGGCUAGUGCUCUAUCUGGGGCCCCUUCCCUGAAGGGUCAGUCCUUUAGCCAUGGUAAUUCCUCCUAGUUGGUUGGUUCCAGUAUUAACCAGAGGCCGUGUCACUUGGUGGGGCGCCCCUUCCAUGAUACACCAAUAGUCAAAGAAUGGCUUUCACUCAGGCAAUUUUCCCAUCUUCCUAUCCACAACCGAUAUGGCAAUGCUCCCAUAGCCAUGCCCAGCCUUGCAUGGUAUUGCAUGGCUCAGAGGGUCUCAGGGCUGUGGCAGGGCUCCCAGCCAGAAGAACCAAGGAGGCUUUUCUGGAAAUGCAGAUGCUAGAGGGGGGCAUCCACUGCCCUGCCAUCCUGGUUUGGUCUCUUGGCACCAGGGAAAAGCCAAGAUGGCUGGUAGCAUUUGCUGCAGUUGACAGUCUCGCACUGGUCUGGCUGCCCAAGGACACUUCAUCUUUAUCUUCCUGUACCCCAGACUCCCCACGUCUCACUUGCCCCUGAGAAGCCCAGUAGCCCUUUUCUUGCUCUGCCCCUUGGCACCGUUUCUGGCAAGGGGCCAGAUUGCAAAGCUGGUUACACUGGUGCAAACCUGGAAUUUGCCUUUGAGCUGCUUCUGGGAUGCUCUGGAUUUAUGCCAGUGUAAAUAAACCAGAAUCGAGCCGAGUGCUACUCUGGGGUCAGUUAUGCUGCUUACUCCAAUCAUUCUCCUCUUGAUGUUGCUGAGAGCAGCCACAGCUGUAAAGGAAAGGAGACCUUGGCUCCUGGAGGGGAUUUCUGGUUGGUUGCUGGGGACUUAGUGGAGAACCAGCGAUGGACUGACUGGGCCAAACCGUGCUGAUGAGCUAUGAUUUGGGAUCAGAGCUGAAGGGACUGAACCCAGCUCGGUUCUCCUAAACAGCUGCAGUGACCAUUUUCUGGUAUUGUUUGUGAAAGGACAGAGUCACCCCUGUGCGGUGUUGUGAGCAAGGCUCACUUGAGAGGAAAGACAAUAGGAUUAUACACGGCAGCCUUCUGCCAGGGCUCACGCUGACCCGAGGCUGGAACAUGCUGGCACCUGGCUGCAUCAGGAGGCCAGCUGGCCAAGCCACAGGCUAGCACUGACAAGCUUUUCUGAGUAGCACGGAGUCCACAAGCCACGUGGUAUGCAGGAGAGCUUGCUGGGUUGUGCUUGUACUUCCUAGGUGGCUGGGCUGAUUGGCAGAGACUAUCAAUCGUAGGUUGAUCUCCUGAGCAACAGCAAGCUGCAAACAAAGCUGGACCCAUUGAUCUUGCAUCCUUCUGUGCUGCUCUCCUUUCUUUUUCUUUUUUUUUGCCUUGGGGCAGAAUGAAGGCACCUUAGCAGGUACCCCUUUUCACCCAGUAGCACCCCAGGGUUGGUGGCUGGUUCGAAGCAGACAUCACAUGCAUGUCUGCAGCAAAUCUGCCUACCCUGUGCCAAUAACAAAGGCAGGGGUGGGGAGAGAUAUCAAGGUUGCUCUUGAAGGAGGUUUGCGGUGGGUAGCACAGUAGCUGGGUUGGAUUCUGGUCAGCCAAGGUUCAGCUUGUUUUGCAGCAUGGAUGUAUUCUGCCACGCUGAUGCUCUGCUUGAAUAAGGGGACCCACUGCUGCUGAAAGAUCGGCAUGCAGCCAGGGCAGUGGCCAAGUAAACUUUCCUAUUGCCACUUCCGGCUUCAAUCCUCCUUUGGCAGGCCCCUUUCUGUUGCUAGCAGGGGAAUUUGGCCUGUGCCUGAUACCAGCUCAUGCUGCAAAAUUUGCACCUAAGUUUCAAAGUCCCCAAGACAUUUGGAUCUGGGCUUUUGAUUCAGAUCAUCUUGGAGAAUGAGGCUGCUUGCACAAUCCAGAUCAGGGUCUGGGUCCCCACACAACCGCCCUCCUCCAGAGCUACCUCUGAGCUCUGCGCCCAGUUGGGCCCUUUACUUGGCUGUUCAGACCACUGGCGAUGGCUGUUCUUGUGCCGUGGGCACCUGCUUGGACAAAGUCCCUCCCAAACUUGUGUCCCUUUAGUCAUUACAUAGGACCUUUUUUGACUGCCAUUCUUGUACAUGUUUUAAAGGGAUUUUUUUUUAAACAUCUCUCUGGGUUUCUCCCAGGGGAAAAAUAAAUCAAUGAAAGCUCACAGGCUUAUGAAAUAGAACUUGGACUGCCAGCCAAGGGACUGUUUGAACUGUACAUUUCAUAACAGGCUAAGUUACCUGGCGUUGUUGAUCUUCUAUAUUAUAAUUUUUUAUUUGCUUUCUUUGGGUUUUGGCUCACGAGAUGUUGUGGCUUUGGCUCAAACGAAGAGUCGAGAAGGGAAUGGAGGAUGUUUGAAAUGGUUUGUGAGAGUUUAAAAGACAAUAUAUGUGCUUUUUUUUUUUAACUUGCACUGGCUUCUUGUUUUGAUUGCUGCCUGUCUUUCUGUUGGCUCUGGUGUUGAUGUGUAAGAGCUAACGAGCCCUUUGCCUCCCUUGCAAAUGGCAUUUCUUUGCCUUGAGGCUGCGGUGCCUUUGGGAGGGAAGAGGGAAAACAGCUUCUUGUUGGCUGGAAAACGCAGUGAAGUCUGGGCCUCGUGAUACUUUGCCUGGUGCGCUUGUGUUCUGAAGGUGCAUGAAGCCGGUACAAGCCAGGGGCUAAUGUGUGCUGGCAGAGACUCCUGGAAGCAACCCUUUCUCUGUUGUAAUAAUCCAGGCUCUGGGCUUUAUUUGUCAUGGAAAGUGUUUGUGUGUGUGUGGUAUAUGCAUACACAGGAAGGUGGGUAGGUUUUCAUGCUUGUGUCUGUGAGCACUUGUGUGCACCUGACUGCCCUGUGCAUGGUCCCUGCAUGAACCUGUCCUCACCUGUGCGAGUGGCAAGAAGAAACAGGUGCAAAGCAGUGAGGCAGUGGAGAGAAACUCCAAGUGCUCUCCACCUAGGAUUUUGUUGUACAAGGUCAGAAGCCCAAAGGCCUCUCUGUUACCUCUGUCCAUCCAGCCUCAAACGUAGGUCUUCUAGGUCUUGCUAGGUCUUCAGCCCCUUUCCUAGGACCUACACCUUCUGGGGUAGCCUGGGCACCCACCAGGGCUGGGAGGUAGGAUCCAGUCUUUGCUACCAUGUUCUUCUCACUUGAAAAUGACAAACACCAAAGGCAGGAAUGCCCUGAGUGUCUGUCCUUCGAUGAUCAAGUCCCUUUAAAGUAUCUCUAGUGAAGAACCCAACAUCCCUUGUCCCUCCUGAAAAAUCUCAGCUCUUACCAUAGAUCUUCGCUUGCACCCCUUCCUCUGGUUGCGAAGGUGGUGCACUCUUGCAUGGGCAUUUGGGUGGAAAUGCCCAGUCAUCCCUUGGCAUAACCAGCCCCUCUACCCAGAGGCAAAGGUCUGUCUGCCCCACUGGAAAACAGCGCCCUUACAGCACUGGGUGAGGGCACCCUCUUGCUCUGGGAGCAAUCUCAGUGGCUCUUCCAAGUAACAAGGCCACACACACCGUGCAUGAAUAAAAUAAUCAUUUUUAUUUAGUACUGUAUAUUUAAGUAUUCUCUAUUUGUUCUUAUGGAAGAAGAGGCAGCCUUGCAUGACACAGAUACAGUCGCUUUCUACUAGAAUGUAGCUUUGCUCAAAAGUAACACUGUUUAAUUACAGUCUUGAGAGCUCCCUGACCCGCUCGGGACUCCGAUGGGAAACACUAAACAAAGGAAAUCCUUCCUCCUUGCCUGUCCUCCCCUGCAGAGAGACAUUGGAACUAUAUUAAAAGUCAAUGGCAUUAUCUUAACCACUGGAAAUCCUGUUCCCUUCUCUUUGAGCCCUGGAGGUUCUCCCCCUUCCACAGCGCAUCCAGCUGUAAAGCCUCCUAGCCUUCUGGUAGGCAUUCAAACCAAUGGGUAGCAAGGGAGGGUGCUGGAAAACUUCUCUUCCCAAAGACUUCCCGCUAGCCCUGGAAGAUCUCUUGUGGUCCAUUUUUGCCAUCCAAGUGUGGACCCACUCCCUUGGGACCUGUCUGAGGUCCUGCUGGGAGACCAUUUUCAAGCCCCAGUGAUAUAUUGAGCAUGUGCUGACAGCUGCCUUCUCAGGGGGGUCGCAUGAGACGGCCCUAGGAUAGGAGCUAAUGCCAUUCAGUACUUGCCUGCUAAGUAUCCUUGGGCUGUGCCUGGGGCCCUUCUAGGAGGAGUCAGCUCCAGCUAUCCAGUGGGUGGAGGAAUCGUGUUCCUAUGGAGUCCCAACCCCAUUCCUGGGGGCUGAAUAAUCAAAGAGCCAAUCUUGCAAGAUGCUGAUGCCCCACCACUCCUACAGCCCCUGCAAGAGUUCAGAGUGCUCAGCAUCUCCCUGCUUUGAGUCUUUGCUUUGUAAUUCUCCCUCAUAUUUGGCUUGUUGAUUCCCUUCCCGCCUCUAGGGCUUCCUGGCAUCUAAUGACCUCUUUAGUUGGGGAAACUGCCCUGCAAAGACUGUUCACCCACAGAAGUCACCAUCACCUCUGGUUGCUGCUGGCUGCGCCCAGCUACUGGAAGCGAAGCUGGCUGGCUCUGGGGGGACGGGUUGCUUGCCAUUCUCUACAGAGAACAGGCCAAGCUCUCCCUAGUGUGGCUCAACUGACUUCGGUGGAGUGCCAUGAAAGACGAACUUGGCAUUGGCAUAGAUUUCACCGCUGCACGGUUCAGCAUCUUCCAUCCCCACUCCCUUAGAGCAGAAAUAAGAUCCAAAGUCAAUGCUUUCCAUGCAGGGCAUGGCGUAUUUGCAUAAUAGUACCACAGUGAGACUUCUCACCUACUUGACUGACCUGUGUCUCCUGGACCUUGCCUUGGAGAUAAUGCAGUAGAGCUGUUCUGAGCUUGGCAGAAACAAAGCAAACCUAGGCUUCUUUUUCUUCCCACCCCCAAAUCCUGAUCCAUGCAGCUCAGCUGGUGUUGGGUGGAGAAGUACCUGCCUACAUGUUCCUCAAUGUCUCAGGGAAGUUGAGCCAAAGGGAUCGGGUUUAGCUUGCCCCUUGGGAUGAUUUGUGACAAGGCUUCUGCAAAUUGCUUCUGCAAACUGGGGGAAAACUUGCAAGGUUGAAGGGAUGCAGUGAGAUUCCAGGCUCAGUCUCACAAGGGUGCUGGCUCUGCUUCGACAACUCGGUCUUAGACCCCUUCUGAUUUGUUUCGGAUCUGACUAAGAGCCAAAACUGAAGAGGCAGCGUCAGGGGGGGUUGAAUCUAACCCCCCAUGAACAAAGUGCAAAGGGAUUUGUAUGAGAGGUGACGGCCCGUGAGCUGUGCCGGAGUUGGCCGUAAUAGCUAACAUUUCCCACCUGUUGUCCGUGCAAAUGUAAGCUUGUUCCUAUAAGCUGCCCAUUUCCACUGGAAUAGAGGGCGCUUAGUGCCUUAUAAUAAUGACGUGUGUUCAGAACAGUCUGGGCCCCCACAACCCCAGGUGAAACCAGUGGGUGCUCAAGACAUCUAAAAAUCAGGCCAGUGGGUCUCUGCUUCUCUGGAUGAACAAAACAGGGCCUUCUUAGCCUGCAAUCUUGGUUACACCUCUUGAAAGGCAAAUCAAUAGCUCAAUAUGGCAU